CGGGCCGUGCCGGGCCGUGCCGGCGCUGCCGCCGCCUCUCGGGGCGGGCAGCCAAGGUAACCGGGCCGGGCGGGGUGCACGAUGCUCCGCGGGGGCUGGCGGGGGCUCGGCACCGCCCUGGCAGCCGGGGCCGUCCUCGGGGCCGUUCUCCGAGCCGGUCCAGCACAGCUGCGAGCUAAAUUCCUGCACACAGAGCACGAGCUGAGGGAGCCCAGCACAGUGAGCCAGGCCGACAUGAAGGUGGAAAUCCUGCCAGCCCUCACUGACAACUACAUGUACCUGCUCAUCGACCAGGACACCAGGGAGGCUGCCAUAGUUGACCCUGUGCAGCCCCAGAAGGUUUUGGAUGCAGUCAAAAAGCACGGUGUGAAGCUGACCACUGUCCUGACCACCCACCACCACUGGGACCAUGCUGGAGGCAAUGAGAAGCUGGUGAAGAUGGAGCCGGGGCUGCACGUGUACGGGGGGGACAGCAGGGUGGGGGCCCUGACACAGAGAGUGUCCCACCUGACAGCUCUCAAGGUGGGAUCUCUAAGUGUGAAAUGCCUCAGUACGCCGUGUCACACCUCGGGCCACAUCUGUUAUUAUGUGACUAAGCCAAAUAGCUCCGAGCCACCUGCAGUUUUUACAGGUGACACCCUGUUCGUGGCUGGCUGUGGCAAGUUCUUCGAGGGCACCCCAGAUGAGAUGUACAAGGCACUGAUCGAGAUUUUGGGCAACCUGGACCCCAAAACGAGAGUUUACUGUGGCCACGAGUACACCAUCAACAAUCUCAAGUUUGCUCGGCACGUGGAGCCCAAUAACCCCAGCAUCCAGGAGAAGCUGGCCUGGGCCAAGGCCAAGUACGACAACGGGGAGCCCACCAUCCCCUCCACCAUUGCUGAGGAGUUCACCUACAACCCCUUCAUGAGAGUGAGGGAGAAGUCAGUCCAGGAGCACGCUGGGGAGACUGACCCUGUCCGGACCAUGGGGGCCAUCAGGAAAGAGAAGGACAACUUCAGAGUGCCCAAGGACUGAGCACUGCCUGCACCACUUUAAUGUCACUUCAAGUGUCACUUAGACCAUUCAGAUGUUUUAGGAGUCAAAUCUUCUUCUGUUGUGGUUGAGACAGGUUUUAUUUAGGUUUUUAUUUUGUCUUAAUUAAGAAAAAGAAAAAGCACUUUGCCCUUGUUAAGAUGUUCUACAGCAUAUUUAUAUUAUGAUGAAGAAUAUUUAUCCUCCUCUUGCUGUCUCUCGAG